ACUCAGCCUUUGAUGUUUGUAGCCUUUGCUCGAGGCUACCGUCUAAGUGAACCCAAAUGUUCCAGAUGAGAUGAUUCAGGAACAGGUUCACCUAAUAAAGCUGUUUCCCAUCACCACCUCUGCUGCCAAUCAGCUGGAGCGCUGCAUCUCCCCCUGCUAUUCCUUUCUCCACUGCUGCAGACUUCCUGGGCUCUGAAAAAAGGAGGACGCAGACUCUGCUCUUCAGAUCCACACACUGAUCCCCACUACAACCACUGACCUGAACUCGGAGUGUGCGUAGGACACGCAGGUGGCCCUCGUGACUGAGAUGACAUCCUCUCUAAAGAUCUGGGGCCUGCUUUGCAUCCUUUGCAGGCUGUGUGUACAUUGCAACGACAUUUAUUGGAGAGAAUUCAUAAAGCUUCAUUACUUAAGUCCAAGUCGAGAAUUCAAAGAUUACAAAUGUGAUGUCCUCAUGAGAGAAAAAGAAGCUCUGAAAGGCAAGAGCUCUCACUUGUUCAUCUACAGCUUAUGGUUCAAGAUUCAACGUAUGUGCAUUAAUGAGAAGGGGAGUGACCGAUAUAGAAAUGCAUAUGUAUGGGCCCCAGGUGUCCUCAAAUUACUCGAGUGUCACUGGGAGAUGUACAACAAUAGGUACACAGAGAGCAGAAGCUUCAGCUACAUUGAAUUCCAUUGUGGCAUAGAUGGGUAUGUUGAUAGCAUAGAAGACUUGAGGAUUAUAGAGCCUAUCAGCAACUAGAAAGUCUAUGCACAUCCUCAGGUAUUGAUAGAGUAUUCAGUGCUUCCCAAGUAGUGGGCCCUGCUUCCAUCAAUAUCCCCUGCCACUCCCCACUUGCAUUUAUGUGUCAGUGUUUUCCAGCUACUGAGAGUUAUGUAUCUUGUGAUUUCUUGAUACCAGAUCUUUGUGUGGUUUCUGUAUCUGUAAUACAAUUUUGUCCUCAUUUGCCUAAUUUACAUCCACAUUUUUUCCAGGAUUCAAUUCAUAUGGCAUCUGUCCUUGACUACCCUAAGACUUUUCCUGAUAUUGACUCUCUUUAUACCUACCCAAGCUGAACGACCUUCCUUCUCUUAAAUAAAUUAUAUUGUUCUAAUGUA